AUGCUUGCGAGCAUGUCUGGACCUGCAAGCCUCGCAGGCGGCAAAUGUUGGUCGCGUCGCCUCCACGUUGCUACAAGUGUGUGUCUCUGUGGGAAAGAACAAGUGCUGGGACAAGGAAAAACAGGAUUCCACUCCAGCUCACAAGCCAUGUCAGCAGUGGCUGCAAAAGAACAUUCCAGAGGUGAUCUCUACCUCGGAUUGGCCCCCAGGAAGUUCUGA